UCUACGCACGGCGCCUCGGCGCUUGUGGGCGUUUCGGAGUGGGGGGGGCCGAGCCCGCGCGACCGACUGCUCCAGGCCUGCCGCUGGCGCCAUGGAAGAGUAUGCUCGCGAACCUUGCCCAUGGCGAAUUGUGGAUGAUUGCGGUGGAGCCUUCACCAUGGGUGUCAUUGGUGGUGGAGUCUUCCAGGCUAUCAAGGGCUUCCGCAAUGCCCCUGUUGGAAUUCGGCACCGGUUUAGAGGUAGCGUCAAUGCUGUGAGGAUCAGAGCACCCCAGAUUGGAGGUAGUUUUGCAGUGUGGGGAGGUCUGUUUUCCACCAUCGACUGUGGCCUGGUACGGCUGCGGGGCAAAGAAGACCCCUGGAACUCCAUCACCAGUGGAGCAUUGACUGGAGCCGUGCUGGCUGCGCGCAGUGGUCCGCUGGCCAUGGUGGGCUCUGCGAUGAUGGGGGGCAUCCUGCUGGCCCUCAUUGAGGGUGUUGGCAUCCUUCUCACCCGCUAUACCGCCCAGCAGUUCCGCAAUGCACCCCCAUUCAUGGAGGACCCCAGCCAGCUAACCCCUAAAGAGGGAGCUCCGGCCCCAGGUUAUCCCAACUACCAGCAGUACCACUGAGGAAGCCGCUGCCUGCCCCUGCCACCGUGGGAGCUGCUCCUCAGUUCCCUCCUGGAUGAUCUACCUCCAAGGGAGGACUGGCUCCUACCGAGCCCUGAGACCUUCACAGAAGGCCUAGAGGCCUAUUCUACUCUCUUGUUCUGUGGUAGGGGUGGGGGCACCCCAGCAGCCUUGUCACAUGGGUUCCCUUUUGGUGUCUCAGGGCAUCUCAGCUUCACACAUGUAACACUUCUCUCACCCCAGAUCCCUUGUGUGGCACCCCGGUGAAUGUUUAAAGUCAGUUUUGAAAUGUCUGUGUAUGUCCACCUUCAGUCACCUAGAUGACCCUCUCGGGAGAAGGGCCUUGGAAAGUCUAGGUCUUGAAGCUCCACAAUGAAUGGGUUCUAAGGA